CAGUUUCACCAGAAACCCGGGGAGGAAGUGGCCGAGCCUCAGCGCACCCGGCACCGGGGCGGAAGCGGGGGCCCGAGCCGCGCAGGAAGCCGGGACCGGAACCUCGGCAGGGGCAGCCCCACCCCACUCACCUGCGCAGGUCUCAAGCACCCUCGGAGCCCAUAGGGCCGCACAGUGAAGGUGACCCCCGUGGGGAGGAGGGCAACGGCCCCGGGAAGGAUGAUGGCCCGUGCCCGCCUCUCCCAGGCCAGCGUCCCAGCAGUCACCGUGUGGCUCCUGUGCGCCCUCGAUCUCUUGGGCACCGAGGCCGGGCCGCCGCCCGCGCCCCCCGGCCUGCCCGCGGGAGGCGCCUGCCUGGACCGCUUUACCGCCGGGGUGCCUGCCUUCGUGCUCGACACCGAGGCCUCGGUCGGCAACGGGGCCACCUUCCUGGGCUCCCCGACCGUGCGCCGCGGCUGGGACUGCGUGCGCGCCUGCUGCACCACCCAGAACUGCAACCUGGCGCUGGUGGAGCUGCAGCCCGACGGCGGGGAGGACGCCAUUGCCGCUUGCUUCCUAAUGAACUGCCUCUACGAGCAGAACUUCGUGUGCAAGUUCGCACCCAGGGAGGGCUUCAUCAACUACCUCACGCGGGAGGUUUACCGCUCCUACCGCGAGCUUCGGACCCAGGGCUUUGGAGGGUCCCGGAUCCCCAAGACCUGGGCAGGCAUAGACUUGAAGGUGCAGCCCCAGGAACCGCUGGUGCUGAAGGGUGUGGAGAACACAGAUUGGUCCCUACUGCAGGGUGACACAGAUGUCAGAGUAGAGAAGAAUGAGGCGGACCAGGUGAAGCUGUGGGGACUCAAGGAAGGCACCUACCUGUUCCAGCUGACAGUGGCCGACUCAGACCAGCCAGAGAGCACGGCCAAUGUCACAGUUACUGUGUUGUCUGCCAAGCAGACAGAAGAAUAUUGCCUUGCAUCCAACAAGGUGGGCCGCUGCCGCGGUUCCUUCCCCCGCUGGUACUACGACCCCACGGAACAGAUUUGCAAGAGUUUCAUUUAUGGAGGUUGCUUGGGCAAUAAGAACAACUACCUUCGGGAAGAAGAGUGCAAGCUAGCCUGCCGGGAUGUGCAAGGUGGGCCUUUACCAGGCCCCUCAAUGGACAGGCACCAUCCAGUGUGCUCUGGCACCUGUCACCCCACCGAGUUCCGCUGCAGCAAUGGCUGCUGCAUCGACCGCUUCCUGGAGUGUGACGACACUCCCGACUGCCCCGACGCCUCUGAUGAGGCCACCUGUGAAAAAUACACCAGUGGCUUCGAGGAGCUCCAGAACAUCCAUUUCCCCAGUGACAAAGGGCACUGCGUGGACCUGCCAGACACAGGCCUCUGCCUGGAGAACAUCCCACGCUGGUACUACAACCCCUUAAGUGAACGCUGUGCCCGCUUCACCUAUGGUGGUUGUUAUGGCAACAAGAACAAUUUUGAGGAGGAGCAGCAAUGUCUCGAGUCCUGUCGUGGCAUCUCCAAGAAGGAUGUUUUUGAUCUGCAGCAGGAAAACCCCAUUCCUAAUGUAGGCUCCGUGGAGGUGGCCAUUGCAGUACUCCUGGCCACCUGCAUCGUGGUCGUGGUCACCAUACUGGGUUACUGCUUCCUCAAGAACCAGAGAAAGGGCUUCCACAGACACCACCACCACCACCACCACUGCCACCCCCAACCCCCUACCCCUGCCAGCUCCACAGUCUCGACCACAGAGGACACGGAGCACCUGGUCUAUAACCACACAACCCGGCCCCUCUGAGCCUGGGGCUACCUUGGCCUUUCACUCUAGAACUCUCGCAGACGCUUUCCAGCUCUCACCUGGCCCUGCUUCCUUUUUGCCAAGAUGGAAGCCUGAGCUGGGGAAGACUUUGGGGCCAGACCGCUCUAGCCUGUUUCCCAGGCCCACUCCUGAGGCCAGGCUCCAGCCCCUCUGGGAUAUGUCUCAGCUAAGCUUAGGCCUCUGGUUCCUGAGAAAGCUCCAGGGCCUGGGAGGAGCAGAAAACCUUUGAACCCAGAGUCCCACACACAGAUGGACCUGUCUGCCUGGGAUUUCAAAGAAGUUGGAGUUUUGUUUCCUGUUCAAAGCUGCAAUGUCAGAAGCUGGAGGUCCCAGCCCUGCCCUUCAGACCUGGCCCUGUCACUAUGCACAGUUGAGGGCUGGGGGGUAGGACCUCCCUGUAUAUUUUGUGCUGUAUAGAGUUCCUUUUUGUUUAUUUAAUGCCAUGGGGAUGGGUGAGAGGAGUGGGAAGGGGCUGCCUCUUCCCUGCCCCGAAGAGUGCACCCUGCAGAGCCUGAUGCUCUGUAUCCUCCCCACAUGCCCCAGGGCUCUCAGGCAUCACACCCCACCCAUCCCCCUGCCCUCCACAGGCCCCAGUCCACCCACAGUGUAAUAAAAUAGUUGGUUCUGUGAGGCUGCUACCUCUGCUCUGUGGGCCAAGAGAAGGACAGGGCUGCUGGGGGGAGAUGGGACUGCCCCGUACAACCGGUUCAGGCUUUGGCCACCCUGUUCAGCAGGUUUCCCUACCCUUCCCGAAACUGCCCCAGCCCCCGAGGGUGGAAAGAACUGCCAAGUUUGACCACCAGAGGGGAGGGGUGAGAGGCUGUGCAAGAAGGGGGCCCAGGGAAGCUGCGGUGCUGCUGUGUAGCAUUAUUUCUUCCUGGUUUGAGCCUGUCAACAAGCCUGCUCAGUGGCUGGGGCAGAUCCUAACUGCGGUAUAUAGUGGAGGACCCAGGGGAGGGAGGGAGCAAAGGUUUGAACCCUGGUUCUUCUCCCUGUUCCCUCUGGUGUGGGGGCCCAGGUCACCCAUCUCUCCUGCUCACCCACGGAAGCUUUGGCUUCUUCGCAGGAGUAUAGCUGCUCCCCAAGCUCUGAGUUCCUGCCCAGGAGCCUUUAGUUGAGGUAUCCCACUCCAGCCCACACCCCUCCACUUGUGUCAGCCAACUUUUGUUUGGUGCAAAAAAAAAAAAAAAAAAAAAAAUCCUUUAAUUCAUCUUUUUUAAGUUUAUUUGAAAGAAAGAGAACUUGUGCACGUUGAGUGGGGGAGGGGCAGAGAACGAGGAAGAGAAAGAAUCCCAAGCAGGCUCUGUGCUGUCAGUGCAGAGCCAGAGAGGGGGUUCAAUCUCAUGAACUGUGAGAUCAUGACCUGAGCCAAAACCACAAGUCAGAUGCUCAACCAACUGGGCCACCCAGGCACCCCCUUUAAUUCAUUUCUUCAACAAAUUACAUACUGAGCUUCUGUGUGCCAGGUACCGCCAAUCUGAUAUUUGUCAAGAUAAGCCCAUAGGAAGCACCUAUGUAUCUCAAGUCAUUGCCUCAGCACACAGCCCUAUGAUGAAGGUUCUAUUAUCCCCGGUUUACAGGAAGCUGAUUCAGCAAAGCUGAGUUCCCAGGGUCCUGGAGCUGGUACUGGAGGGCCAGAUUCAAACCCUAACAUGAAUGUGGCUCCUGAGUCUAGUGUUACCAAAGAGAUACUUUUAGAUUGUAAUAAUUACUACACAGGAAAAUAACACAGGAAUGUGAGAGGUUGGAGGCUACCUUUAAAUGAUUGAGGGUGAAUGUACAUACUUGACUCAUACAAGUGUCCAGCUCAAUUGAUUUCCAUCACUGCACACACCCAGAAGGCAAGACCCAGAUCAAGAAGCAGAACCUUUCUAGCAUCCUUUUGAUGGCUAACUCUCACACUUCUGUGUUUUUCUACCUGUUGUACUCAGCCUGGACCACAUCCUCCUUUCUCAUCUUUCAGCCUAAUCCUUACUCCCCAAAUGCUCCCACACACAUCCAGGGAGGGGAGAAAAUGCCCUGGCAUCUGCUAACAGAACCCUGAGUAUGGAGUGCCCCUUUCGCCUUUCUGUUUACUUAGCUGUCUUCCCUGGAGACAACAGAUGGUAUUGUAAUCUUCUCUGGGUCUCCAUCACCCCACAUCCCCUCCAUGACCUUAGUAAAUGGUAAUGGAUAGAUGACAGGGGCGGGGCUUGCUACUGUGCUUUGGCUGAUCCCAUUUCAUAGGCCAUUCAUCCAUCCUUCGAGCCUCUAAAUGGAUUUGGUCCUUCUAGUCCCCCUAGCACUGGGGACAACCCCCAUUAUCUCUUGGAUCUCCGAAGCACUUCCAAAGCUGAGGUGAUUAAUGACUCAUUAAAUGCUGUAUCCCAAUGCCUAGAACAGUGAUCAACCCUUAUAAAUGCUUGUAAGUGUUGGACAGAAAGGAACGUCCUCCUCUGAGGGAGGGAUGGAGAUGAAGUGAGAAAAUGCUAAGCAAAGCGCCAUCCCCAGUCAGAUCUGGGAUGGAGGGAGGAGUCAGCCAGGUCAGCUACGGUGCUGGGAGGAAGGAUUGCACAGGGGCCGCUAGGGGGCACUUUCACCACCCAGCUGGUACUGUGUUUCGCUGCAAAGGUUUGAGAAAAGGGUACUCAAUCCCAGGCAGGUGGCAGGUGUGAAGCAAUGAAAGCGGAGACGCAGUCCCUGCUCUUUUGGAGCUAACACUGUAGAGUGCCAGCAGAAGGAAUGCAAAUACUGUUAAAAAAAAAAAAUUGGUCCCUAAGCUGCUGCUUCCUGUGACUUUCCCAGCCAUCCUCACCCAAGUGACUCCCUUUCUUAGAACUUUCACACCUCCAUUCCUUUGUACAGGCAGUAGUAUCUACCUCAAAUGCCUCUUUGCCCCCAGGAAACCUCUACACACCCUGUGAUGAAGCUCAAAAAGCCUUCCUUGUUUCUUCAGCCAAAGCCCAUCGCUGUUCUUUCUGCUGCACACACAUGGCCCAUGGUAGUGUAUGCCUGCCCUCAUCUGGAGGAGGCUCCUCAGGGCAGGGAUGGGGAUGUUUUUUUUCUUUUUUUCUUUUUUUAAAUUUAUUUAAAUAAUCUCUACACCUAAUAUGGGUCUCAAACCCACGACCCUGAGAUCAAGAAUUGCAUCCUCCUUGGACUGAGCCAGCCAGGCACCCUGGGGAUGGGGUCUUAUUUAUCUUGUACUCCCCAUGCCAGGCCCUGCUUGUGGAUACAAGGUGUCCAACAAAUGGCUGUUGAAUAAAGCAGAGGUUGGUCAAGCCGUGGAAAUCAAGAGGGAGGUUGAGAAAUGGCUUCAUGGAGGAGGUAAAAAAAGAGAUGAGCAGGUGGGUGUGGGUGUUCCAGGCAUAACAAAGUCAUAGUGAGUAAAAACCAGGCAGUGAAGAUCACGGGUCUUGUUUUCAUUGGGGAUCAACAAGUUGCUCAGUUUGGCUGAAGCACUGAGAGGGAAAGCCGGGAACUUGGUGGGUAGAGACUACAUUGAUGAACACAUCGGUGAAGACAGAUUUGAGCAGGGGAAGGAGCAAUUCAGACUCCGCUUUAAAGAAUGGUUAGGUAAACAGGCCAUAUCACUGGAGGUUGGACCACAGGAGAGGGAAAGAGGGAGGAAGCCACAUUAAGUAAAUUGGGACAACCUGUGUAAAGGAUAAGAGUAGAUGUGCAGUAAAGUCUAGUCAAAAAGUUGCAUGCCGGCAGGGCACCUUGGUGUCUCAGUCACUUGAGCAUCCGACUUCGGCUCGGGCCAUGGUCUUGUUGGUGGUGAGUUUGAGUCCCGUGUCAGGUUUUGGGCUGACAGCUCAGAGCCUGGAGCCUGCUUCAGAUCCUGUGUCUUCCUCUCUCUCUGCCCCCUCUACCACUCGCUCUCUCUCUCAAAAAUAAACAUUAAAAAAAAAAAAAAAAAGUUGCACGCUGGCAGCCAACCAUGCUUUGACACAGUGGUUUAAUUUUUUUGAUUAUUUACUAACAUUAAAAAAAAAUCCACUUUUCUAGCUUUUGGGGAAAGCGUGGGAGACUGGCAAUCUGGGACCCACAUUCCUGCAGCAAUCCAGGCACUGAGUUUGGGUCCUCAUGAGCUGGGCAGGCACCAACCCAUCCAGAGCCCCCACCCAGGCUGCCACUCCAGGCAGUCAACCUUGGGACCCCCAUCGUCUUGUCCCUUAUAACCCAACCUCUCUUCCCAUAUU